AUGGACUCGAUUUUACGCCCACACAUAAAUUAUAUAAAAACAAAAGAACAUAACAUAAAUAAUAAAAAACAGUAUCAAGUUUAAAAUUUCCCGAUAAAUCUCUCGAUUUCAUACUCUACACGCCCUGAUUUGUUUUGGGCACAGAUCGAAACUUUUAAGUUAGCGUGGUGUGGAGAUUGGAGGGAGCCGUUUUAUUGUUUUAAGUUGCAGAAAUGUAUGAUAAUUUAGGAGCACAGCCAGGGGUGCCAAGACUACCUACCAACGCACAGCCAAGUCCUUUCGCGAAUUCAUUCUAUGGUGCUGGUUCAGGAUUCAUUAGAGGUGGACUAGGUGCUUAUGGAGAGAGAAUUUUAGGAUCCAGCUCUGAAUAUGUGCAAAGCAAUAUUAGCAGAUACUUUUCUGACCCUCAAUACUAUUUCCAAGUCAAUGACCAAUAUGUAAGGAAUAAAUUGAAGGUUGUUCUCUUCCCGUUUCUGCACAGAGGCCAUUGGACAAGAAUCACAGAGCCAGUGGGUGGCAGGCUUUCCUACAAACCCCCCAUUUAUGAUAUAAAUGCACCAGACUUGUAUAUUCCAUUCAUGGCAUUUGGUACCUAUGUUGUUCUGGCUGGCUUUUCACUGGGCCUGCAUGGAAAGUUCAGCCCAGAAGCUUUGAACUGGCUGUUCAUCAAGGGGGUGGUGGGCUGGUUUUUGCAAGUCACACUGCUGAAAAUGACUUUGUUUUCAUUGGGUAGUGGAGAGGCACCUUUGCUCGACAUCGUGGCAUAUGCUGGAUACACUUUCACGGGAUUGUCUCUGGCCAUCUUGGGACGUAUUUUCUCGAGCUAUGUUUACUACUUUCUGAUGCCGUGGACAUGCUUAUGCAUGGGAAUUUUCUUGGUGAAGACAAUGAAGAGAGUUCUUUUCGCUGAAGUGAGGAGUUAUGAUUCAAGCAGGCAUCACUAUCUGUUGCUCUUCAUUGCCUUGGCACAGUUCCCACUUCUCAUUUGGCUUGGCAACAUUACUCUGAAUUGGCUUUUUUAAACUGUAUGCCUUUGGUUUGUAGUUAGAAAUUGUUCCGUGUUAAAAUGGAAGUUUACGGAAAUUUUGCAGUCAAUUUUAUUAUUUUGUUUGAUUCUUGGGCACUGCUUAGGCUACUGGGAGAUUGCCCAUUUGCCCGCUGCACAUUUAAGGAAAAUAUAUUCCUAGGAGA